ACGGACAUUAGAUCCAAAAUGGCGCAGAGUCGUAGCGGAACGACAGAGGAAGCUGAUGUCGGCUAACGACAGAAACGGAACCGUUAAACAUCCAGAACCGCGUAACGAGCGCAGAGAGCGUACCGGAGACCUUGCUGAGGACCUGAGCCACCCCCUGAUCGCACGUGGAUGGUGGUGAUGGCGGAGCGGCAGGUGGAGUGGAAGACCCACAUCUCAGAGCAGCUGAAGCUUAGGGACCGGGUCCAGAGACACACCUUUGAGGAGAUCAUCCAGCAGUAUCACCGUCUGCUGGAGAAGUCGGACCUGCAGGCCGUCUUGUCAGAGAGGUACCAGACGGACAAAUAUGAGGUUCAGAGGGGACACGAGUCCAGCCUGGGGGACCCUGGACGCAGCGACAUCCUACAGCAGGAAAUGGCCCAGAUGAGGAUUCACCAUCAGGAAGAGCUGACGGAGCUGCACAAGAAACGAGGAGAGCUGGCUCAGAGCGUGAUCGAACUUAACAACCAGAUCCAGCUAAAGGACAAGGAGAUCCAGAUGAAUGAGGCCAGAAUGUUGGAGUUCCAGCAGCAGAUUUUCAAUCUGGAAGGAGACUGUCGAGAUCUGAGGAGCAGUCUGCAGGACCUGGAGCGGGCCAAUCAGACGCUGAAGGACGAGUAUGACGCCCUGCAGAUCACCUUUUCUGCUCUGGAGGAGAAGCUGAGGAAGACCACAGAAGACAACCAGGAACUGGUGUCCCGCUGGAUGGCAGAAAAGGCUCAGGAGGCCAACCGGCUUAAUGCGGAGAACGAGAAGGACAGCAAGCGUCGGCAGGCAAAACUACAGAAGGAACUGGCGGACGCCGCCAAGGAACCUCUCCCCAUCGAACCAGAUGACGAUAUUGAGGUUCUGACAGAGGAUGGAGGAAAGGGGGGAGGAGGAGAGACCUCCCCCAGUCGGCCACUCAGCAGAACCUCCAGUAAGAAGACUUCCCAACAGCCCCCGGGGGGUCUGCUUGACUCCAUCUCCAACAUAUUUGGCAGGCGUCGAACUGCCAACUCUUUCAGUGCGUCACCAGAGAGCUCUGAACCGCCGUCAGGAUUGUGUGCAGAGGUUCGAGUCCCAUCUACAGCUCUGCAUGCCUUCGAAGCCCAUGAUGGUGAGGUAAAUGCCGUGAAGUUCAGCCCUGGCUCCCGUCUCCUAGCAACAGGAGGGAUGGACCGCAGGGUGAAGCUCUGGGAGGUCGUCGCUGGUCGCUGUGAGUCCAAAGGUGCUCUGACCGGUAGCAACGCUGGAAUCACCAGCAUCGAGUUCGACAGCGCUGGAACGUACCUGCUGGCUGCCUCCAAUGACUUUGCCAGUCGAAUCUGGACGGUGGACGACUACAGACUGAGGCACACGCUGACGGGUCAUAGCGGGAAGGUUCUGUCCGCCCGCUUCUUGCUGGACAACGCUCGGAUCGUGUCGGGAAGCUAUGACCGGACGCUGAAACUCUGGGACCUGCGCAGCAAAGUCUGUAUGAAGACGGUGUUCGCCGGAUCCAGCUGUAACGACAUUGUGUGCACGGAGCAGUGUGUCAUGAGUGGACACUUUGAUAAGAAGGUCCGGUUCUGGGACAUCAGAGCGGAGAGCAUCGUCCGGGAGCUGGAGCUGAUGGGCAGAGUCACGUCUCUGGACCUGAACCAUGACCGGACCGAGCUGCUCACCUGCUCCAGAGACGACCUGCUGAAGAUAAUCGACCUGCGAACUAACUCCGUCAGACAGACCUUCAGCACUCAGGGCUUCAAAUGUGGAGCUGAUUGGACCAGAGUCACCUUCAGUCCUGAUGGCAGCUAUGUAGCUGGAGGAUCAGCUGAUGGAGCACUCUACAUCUGGAACGUGCUGACAGGAAAAGUGGACCGGACUCUGGACAAAAACCACAAUUCUGCCAUCAACUCGGUGUCCUGGUCUCCGUCGGGAACCUAUGUCAUCAGUGUGGAGAAGGGAAGCCGGGCCAUCCUAUGGUCUGAUCUCUGAUUGGCUGGACACUCAGAGCAGGACUUCAGUGGGUGGGGUCAUUGUCCCAGCAACCAAAGGACUCUUAAUUAUGGUGGACUGGACUUCAAUAUGGACUUUGUGGUGGACUGGUCUUCCAGGUGGACUAGUCAGGGUGGACUGGUCCUGGUGUUUUAUGUGUUUUUGGCCUCAGAUCUUUUAAAUGUUGUGUUGUUUUAAAAUGACAGCAGAAGGGGCUCUGUCAACAAGCUGAAGGACAAUAAAGUUUUAUUGAAUGAGACAACUCUGUGUUUUGAAAGCAGGACCAGAAGGAGAACAAGAAUUGUUCAGCUGCUCUGGAUGGAUUCAUAUCUGGUGUUUCUGGGCCGCUGCUGUUUAGUGUACAGAGCAUUUCCGUUCCCAUCGUUUCCGCCGCCAUGUUGGGAGGCAGAAAGCUAGCUGGGACCAGCUCUGCUAUGGUGACUAUUAACUGUUCCUCAGCAGGGACGGCGCUAGCGGACUGAACACUUUCCAAACCAAUUCAGCUCUGAUGAGGUCAGACGGAUAUUUGAAG